AUGUACCUAGUCACCGUCUUUGGGAAACUGCUCAUCAUCCUGGCGACCAUCACUGACUCCCACCUCCACAUGCCCAUGUACUUCUUCCUUUCCAACCUGUCUUUUUCUGAUAUCUGUUUAUCCUCCACCACUGUCCCAAAGAUGCUUGUGAACAUCCAGAUGCAGAAGAGGGUCAUAACCUAUGCAGGCUGCCUCACCCAGAUGUACUUUUUCUUACUCUUUGGAGGGUUGGACAACUUCCUUCUGACUGUGAUGGCCUAUGACCGCUUCAUGGCCGUCUGUCACCCUCUGCAUUACACAGUCAUCAUGAACCCACAGCUCUGUGUCCUGCUGGUUCUGUUGUCCUGGAUCUCUGUUGUCUUCUUAUUUUAUUGUACCAUUGUUGGAGUGUAUCUUAGUUCUACCACAUCACCAAAUGCACAUGCAAAUGCAACUGCCUCCGUGAUGUACACCGUGAUCACACCCAUGCUGAACACCUUCAUCUACAGUUUGAGGAAUAAAGAAAUGAAAGGGGCUCUGAAAAAAGUCUUUGGGAGGGAAGAUAUAAAAAGAGUCAUUUGUUAUGGGGCAGAGGAAGUGCUUGUGAUUGCAAGACUCAAAGACUGA